UUUUAGUACUAUAAACCCAAACCUGGAUUGCCCAAAGAACUCAACGCAUGGCUGGCGAAUGUUCAGAGAUACAGAAAGGACUUCAGAUUGAUAAGAGAUAUAGCCGAAAAUCCUUCCAAAUUCGGUUUAAACUCAGACGAAUAUGAAGAAAAUAAAGACGAAGGGCAACUUUUCGAGAAUUUGGAAGGCAACGACUACCUAGAUUAUGGUCCCAAGAACGACAUCUACCCCCACACCUACAAACGUAAAAAUACCGCCUUAGCUCCGGAAACUUCCAACAGAAUAAAGAAAAUGUCCGUGCACCACAAAAACACGCCACCAAGGCUAAGAAGACAUUCCAAUAGUAACACAUUCUUCGAACGAAGACACAACAUUGCGGUGAAUCCAAAAAGCACGAUAGGAGAACUCAAACGAUCUGGAGAGAAAUAUCCUGGCAGGUUCAGCAACAGUAUCAACAAGAGAGAUAUCCAGAUAGACGUCCUGAAGGAUGGAAAAAUGGUGAAGCACUACCGGGACAGCGACCAACAACCCAAGUCGAUCAUUUUGAACAUCCAGUCUCCGGAUCAAGAUAGCUACGAUCCAGGCUACAGAGACGAAUACAUCGCUUCGGCAGUAGCGAGAGGUUUGGAAAAGAACGAGAACAAACUGCAGCUGCUCGAGAGCCCUCUGAAGAUUUUCACCCCAAGAAGUACGAUAGACCUGGACAACGUUCCUGUCCCUAAUAAAGAGUACUCCAGUAAUUUCAAGAACCUCUUCAACGUCAACGAGAAUCUCAACACCGACAGCAGCAUCGCUAGAGACGAGCUGGCCAAAUCUGCACUCAUUUACAGAGUGACUCUACCUGAGCCUAACUUCUACCAAGUUCCAGUAGAGGUUGUGGAGACAACCAGUUCGGGAAGCUUGAACAACAACGGCUUCAAGGACAUGAGUCAUUUCUGGACCAUCUCUGAGAAGAACCAGCUUCAGAAGGGGAUCGACUUUGCUCAAGAUAUUUGGGAUAAAAAAGCCCCACCGAAUCCUCAGCGACCAGCAGAAAGUGAUGGAUUUGAGUCGAUCAAUAGCGUUGUGGUGGAUAAUGACAAUUCAGCAAACAAACCUAAGGCUAUUCUUAUCAACGCUAAUAAUACCCCAAACAAGCGAGAGUCUGAAACCCUAGAAGGCCAGGUCGAACUGAGCAAUGAAAAAAGAGACGACUGUGAGAGUCAGAACUGUGGAAAUAUGGUCAACGAGGAUAAAUCUGAAGACGAAAACGAAGUACAAGGCAAAAAUAGCAAGUCUGAUGUGAAAUCGAACGCAAUGGAGAACAAAGCACCGGGUAAUACUACAUCCAUUAGCAUUGUUGGUAUAGAAUCUGGAGUUCAACCAGUAGGAGGUGGCGUCAAAACUCUGGAAACGGAACAGAAAAUAUUAGCUGGUGACCAAGUAGGUAGUUUCGAUGGGCGAGGAGUAAUGGGGAAUUGCUCGAAAGAUGAUGGUGAUCCAGUAGGUUUUCCUGGUAAUGAAAAUAAUUCAGGAGGAGAACUUGGACCUAAAGUUCCGCCGGAAGAUUAUAAUUUCGAUAACAGUCUCCCAGAAAACAAUGCAGAACCUGCACCUGAAGUAAUUCUACCCGAAGAAGAACCACCUUCAAGAACUGAGGAUAUCGCAGUUCCAAAUCUCGAUUUGUCCAAUCCUCCAUUCGAAAAUAUGGACAGAUCAAGCGAAAAGAAACUAAAAAUUCCUAAAAAUCGCACUCAAAAUGUGACAUUAACCCAAUAUCAGAAAGUGAACCAAAAUCUGAACGACCGGCUAGUUUCAACAAAAGUUGAAUCUGUAACUAUAUUAGAGGGUGAAGAACAACAUCCAAAGCAAGAAAACCCGCUUGGUUACCAUGAAAAACAUCCGUCUCACGACAGAAACCCUUUCCAUCAAGAACACCUCGCUCAUGAAGAAUGCGCCGUAGAUUUACAUCCUCUUCGCGAGGAACACGCUAGGCGUGAAGGACAUCUGACACGAAAAGAACCUCCUCUCCAUGAGGAACGGCCCACUCAUCAAAAAAAUCCUCUACGAAAUAUGCCUAACAGUGGAGAUGGAACCCAAGAGGAAAACAAAGAUGGUGGUUAUGGAUGUGAAACUGACAAAACUGGAUGCGAUUCUCAAGACAUUCCUGAGCGUCAAGAACGGGAGGAACAACCAGAUUCUGAAGAUGAGGUAGUUGAGGAUUAUCCAGAACGAAAUGUUCACAAAGUUCACCAGGAUGAAAACCCAGAUAGGUUUAUUCCAAAGAGAAAACUGAUCCCGGUAAUUCAGUUCAAACCUUCAGCUGAUAUGGUACCAGGCGAAUUUCAAAGAUUCAGAGGAAAUAUCAAUUCGAAUGGAGCAAGGCGCUGCCAGCAGGGUAGUUGUAAUGAAGAAGCCUUCAGCUUGGAGUCAGAGCGAAAUUCCGAAUCUUUCCGCAACGUAGCUGAAAAAAGAGUCGAUUCUCCACGCCACCAAAUAGUUCAUGACAAAAAACUUCGUAAGCCCAAGCACAAGAAAAAACACCCAAAGAAAAAUCACAAGAGCAGGCCGAAGCAACAUCGUGAGGAAACUAAUCACUGGCCUAGCAACCAACAGUCUGAUGACUAUCCCACGUAUUCUCGAAGACAACUGAAAUCCGUAGAAUACGUCUACGACGUGGAUCUAAAAAGCCCGAGAGAAGAUUACGAGGAACCUGCCAAAGGCACCACCAAACGCCAUGAGAACUUGCACAAGAACUCUGUGGAAGGCGACUAUGGAGACGAAGAGGACUCUAUGACUUCCAAGAGGAAGAAGAACAGCUCUAAGCUGGUUAAGAAGACCGACAAUGAUUUCGCCAACCCUGUGGUCACCACAACUGAAGCUGAGGACGACGAAGAAUAUUAUGACGAGAUUGUGAAUGUUAAAGAUAAGAAGUCAGAAGAGAAAACCAACGCGAGCAAAGUUGGUCUGCAUUCCAAAGAAGAGAAACUGGUAGGCUUUGGUAGGCACUUACACAAAAAGAUGAAGCCGCCGAAAAAAGAGGAUAAACAACCCACUGUGAAUAAAGUUGAUGACAAAACUAAGAAGGCCCCUGAGAAGAUAAAUCCUUCAGUCAAGCUCCCUCAAAGCAAUGUAAGACAACCGAGGAACUUACCAAACCAGAAAUUCCUCGAUAACUCAGAAUUCCAGCAGUGGCCUCAGUUCGUCAGAAACGACCAAAUCAAUGAGGAGAUCCUGAAAAAAAGAUCCGCCAAGAAGGUAGCCCCGCAGAAGAACAAUUUUCCCCUAGCUUCGAAGGACUACUUCCAAAAAUCGGAUCCGAAGAGAAGCGAGGUGGAAAAGCUAGCCACCCUCGUAGAUCCUCUGGUGAUAUCCACGGAGAGGAUCUUCACGUUCAACGACAAGAACACCAAGGACUUCCUCGAUGAGAAGGUCACGAUCGACCUAUACCUUGACGAUAAGGCAAAAGCGAAUGGAGAUGAAGUAACAAUAUUUCCUCCAACAUCAAAGAUACCGCCUGGGGCAGAAACCCGCCCAGCUACCUCUGAAGAAGAGGAGUGCGAGUCUGAGACGCUCAAGGUGAAGGUGACCAACGUAUGUGAGGACAACGAAAACUUCAACAAAUCGAAAAUUGCAGUAACUACUGUGCUGUCCAUUCCAGGAACAGAGAUUAAUAAUGAAACAAGUAUUUUCGAAGAGUACGAAAGGCUGGAUGAGAUUCUCAAUGGUCAUUUGCCCAUGAAGAUACUUGACGUCAUUUACGACCACAUGCAGAGGUAUAAGAAACUCAAAGACAGGUUCAUCAACGGCAUGAAAAAGCCUCAACCCAAGAAAUCAUUCGAGAACCUCCAGGACGUGACGAACGAAGAAAGCAAAAAAUUAGUCAACGCAAUGGCCAACAUAAUGGGCAGAUUGCAACUGACGACCACCUGCCAAACUCUCGCCCCGAAGCUGCUGCACUAUCUCAAAGCUAUAACGAAAGUGCGCAUUGAAGACGCCUUGGCCAAAACAAAGGAAAUGGAGGAGGUGGAGUUCGAUGACUCCCAGAACCAAGACAACUUUAUCUUCCAGUCGAACAGCAGAAGUGACAACUUAGAAGGAAAGGUGCGAGUGCUGAAAGAUUUGCUGGUUAAAUUCAACCGCCUACCAGACAGGUGUAAACCCAGAGCUGAACCAGUGCGAGAGUACAUAGAGAACCAUUUAGCCAUGUUGAACAAUAUGCUCGUUGGGGGAGAUAUGUUUGCAUCCAGACCUAAGAAGACUAUACCGGAAAGAUCUGAACAGAAUUCCGACAAUCACACCACAAGGAAAAGCGAGCACGAACGGAAGGAGGACCUCGUGGAAAAACAGCUGGAAAGCCUCGGACUGGGAAAAAACCACAACUUCAAACCCCAAUUCAACAUCGAUGAGAUCAUCGAGCACAACAGGAUAUCUGCAAAUCUCGUAUCCACCGAAACGCCGCCCAAAAAGACCAAAAGGGAAUCAGACUCCAAAAGGGAAAUUUCGGAAAAGUACGGAAAGCUGAAAUCAUUUUACUCCCCAAGGUUGAGAACAAUGCAAGAUUCUCAAAAGAAAACAGCAAAUAAGUGA